GUUACAAGUACUUCCGGGUCGAGAAAGGUGAAACUGAAUUUUGACAAGGGAUUAGUUGACGGAUGUCAGUAUUGCGCAGACGUGUAUUAUGUGUUCUUAGCAGCAAAAGCAUAACAGAAGAGAAAUAGAAAGCUUAAAUGAGAGAGAAAGAGAGAGAAAUACAAUGACAGAGUAGGAGGGGGAAGUUGAGAGCGAGGAGAGAGAGAUACAAAGAUAGACGGGGGCAGUCAAGAGUGAGGGAGGGAGAGCGAUACAAAAAUACAGGGGGGAAGUUGAGAGUGAAGGAGAGAGAGAUAUAAAGCUAGAGGGGGGAAUAGAGAGAGAGUUGAAGCCAGUAUGGCGACUGCCGAUCGUGGAGUACCUCCCCCCAAAACAUUUCAAUACAAACAAUGGGAAAAAAUGGGUGAGACGACUGUCAAAGAUGCUGACUUGGUUCGAGAAGAAGCCAUCAAAGCCCAUCACGAUCACCUUAUUACGGAAAUCGAAUCUGCCGACGGUCCACUGGCCACCACUCUCAGAGCUGUGUAUGAUGGCGAUGAUUUGGAUAAGUUUAUGGAAAGACUUGACAGUCGCAUCAAGAAUCAUGACAAAGAAAUUGAACGAAUGUGUAACCACCACUACCAAGGUUUCAUUGAUUCUGUACGGGAACUAUUACAAGUUAGCAAUGAUGCUGCAAAGCUCAAGGAUGAAAUCAAAACUACCAAUGAUGCCCUACAAAAGUCCUGUGCCCCACUACUGGAAAGGGGAGAAGAACUUAUCCAUUGCCGAAAAAUACAGAAGAACAUUGCCUCUGCAAUCGAGAGCUUAUCCCUAUGUUUGCCUGUGCUAGAGAUGUAUGGUAAACUUAAGGAACAGAUGAAAAGCAAGAGAUAUUACCCUGCCCUUAAAACUCUGGAACAACUUGAACACACAUUCCUUCCAAGGGUCAAUACACACUGGUUCUCUCAAACAAUGGCCGAUGCCAUUCCAAAGCUACGGGAGAGCAUUAAAGAUGCUUCAAUGUCUGACUUGAAAGACUUCUUGGAAAACAUCCGCAAACAUUCAGCUCGGAUUGGGGAGGUGGCCAUGAGACAUGCUGCUGAGCAGAACAAUAUUGAUCCCUCCAUUGUGAAACAGAAACGUCGGCGUAGAGCACCACCACCCCCUAAUCCAUUCACUGGAGAGAUACCUCAAGUCCAAGAAGAAUCUGAGGAGGAACAACUAGAUGAAGAACUUAGUGCUCAGGACCUAAUUGACUUCUCACCAGUUUACAGAUGCCUUCAUAUAUAUUCAGUUUUGGGUGCACGGGAAACUUUUGAAACAUACUACCGGAAACAGAGGCGAAAACAAGCGCGUUUAUCCUUAAAACCUUCGCAAAACAUGUAUGAAAGUUUAGAUUCCUAUAAAUUGUAUUUUCAUGAUGUUGUUGGAUUUUUUGUGGUGGAAGAUCACAUUCUGAACACAACAAGUGGUCUUGUAAACCAGGCCUAUAUGGAUGAAUUAUGGGAAAUGGCUGUGUCAAAAAUAGCUGCUGAAUUGCGUAGGAAUUGUGGAUAUUGCAAUUCUGAGAAUAUCAUGUUGGAAAUUAAAAACCUUAUUCUUUUGUUCUGCCAUACACUGCGGGGUUAUGGUUUCAGUGUGGGGCACCUUUUAGAAUUAUUACUUGAGAUCAGGGAUCAAUAUAAUGAGAUGUUGAUGACAAAGUGGGCAGCAAUAUUUGACCGAAUCUUCAGUGAUGACAACUACACACCAAUGUACAUAGAAAAUGAGAAAGACUUUCAGACAAUUAUGGGAGAUUUUCCUUUAUCAGAACAAUUAACAGCGAAUGACUUUCCAAAACAGUUUCCUUUCUCUCAAUUUGUACCAAAAAUUUAUCACGAAGUCAAGGAGUAUAUUAAUGCUUGCUUGAAAUUUUCAUCUGAUUUACAUUUAAGUCACACAGAAAUAGAUGAUAUGAUUCGUAAAUCAACAAAUCAACUUUUAACAAGAACACUUAGUGGCUGCUUAUCAACUCUCAUCAAAAAGCCCUCCCUCAGCCUUCUACAACUCAUCCAAAUUUCCAUUAAUAUGAAUAACUUAGAGAAAUCCUGUAGUUCAUUGGAAGAAUACAUUUCCAAUAUAACUGGUGCUGAGAAAGAUAGUAUUCAUGUUGCUAAACUACAUGGUACAUCAAUGUUUAAGGAUGCACGCAGUGAAGCAGAAGAAUAUAUAUAUAAACAGCUUAAUGUGAAAAUUGACGAAUUUUUAGAUUUAGCAAAUUAUGACUGGGCGUUAAUGGAAUCUAAAGGUCAUGCAAGUGGCUACCUCAUGGAUCUUAUCGCUUUUUUACAAAGUACAUUUAUGUCAUUCACUAACCUGCCAGAAAAGGUUGCCAGAACAGCAUGUAUGUCUGCUUGCAAGCAUAUAGCGUGUAGCUUGAUGGAUUUUGUGAUGGACAAUGAUGUCAAACAAGUUACAAUGGGUGCUUUACAGCAAUUUAAUUUAGACCUGAUUCAGUGUGAACAAUUUGCUGCAUCAGACCCAGUGUCUGGAUUUAAUGACGGGACGCUGCUGUUGGCUUUUGCUGAUCUCAGGCAGCUUCUUGAUCUGCUCCUGAACUGGGACUGGUCUGUUUAUUUGGCUGAUUAUGGUCAACCAAAGUGUAAAUAUGUUCGCGUCAAACCUGUUGUAGCUAUAUCACUCUUAGAAAAGUUAAAUAGUGGAGAUAAGAAGAAAUUCAUGUUUACACCAUUGAAGAAAAAUGAAAGAGACAAAAAGAAGCUUCUAGACACAGUGCUAAAACAAUUAAAAGGUCUAGUGAAUGGGACAGCCCCUCAGCAAGGCAGUGGCCAGUAAUGGUUUAGCUGGGGUUGGUUAUAGGACCUCAACUGACUCUCCUUCCACAAUCCUUCCUUUCCUUCUCCUCUUCCUGGUUGUUUUAUUUCCUUUCACCCCCUUACCCCCAUUCUUUCUUUUUUUUAUUUAUCUGUAGUGGACUCAAGGGAGGGUUGCCAGCAGAUCAGAAGCAGAGCAGAGGUGAGAGGGAAAUAUGGAAAGACUACAUUACUUAACCAAGUCCAUAAUAUCCUGCCUAAAUACCUACCUAUCUACCUACCUACCUGCCUGUCUGCCUGCCUACCUGCCUGCCUGCCUGCCUGCCCGUCUGUCUGUCUGCCAGUCAGUCAGUUUGUCUGCAUGCCUGCCUGCUUGCUGUUAUUUGACAAUGCCAGACACAACACAAAAACAACACAAAACUAUAAUAAAAAAGAAAUGCUCUAUCAUUCCCUCCUCAUUUUCUGUCUAAUAUCUCGCUCUUUCUCAAUGAAGCCUGCCCCUCACCCACCCUCACUAUUUAUUUCCAUUACACUAUAUAAGUCCCGGUGAAGAACCAUUCACCAUUCCCUAAUUUAACACUGAACACUCACAGAGGAGAAACACUCCAGCUAUCUAUCACUGGUUAGUGACCGAGCAGUGUGGUUGUGAAGCCUUUCUAGAAUACACAAUUGUUUGAACGAAAGUCACUGAUUAUAUGAUGUUAUGCCUGUAUUCCACCAGGAUAUUCCACCAACCCACCCAUUUUUUUUCCCCGGACCAGUCCACCCAAUGGGCAACAAGUAUAUGAACUGUCCCCUGUUAUGGCUAAUGUGUCUGUACUUCUAUCACUGACGUUAUAGUAUGAUGUUUCAUGGGCCAUGACAUUGUUUAAAAUAAUAACAGAAAUUU